AUGUUACUAAAGCCCGGAAGCAAGGUUGUCUCGCCCAAGAAGAGUCUUCAUCGUGACUCGGCCUCAACAUCUCAACAACCAUCUAGCAAAGAUGUGGAGAAACAAUUUGAUCAAAAGACAAAGAAGGUUGAGGGAUAUCUAAUAAAAACAGAGUCGUCUCUCACCAUCAAUCUGAAUCCCCGUCUUGUACACAGUAACAUGAGCUCACGAAGCAACAGCAUGGAAAGCACAUCAUCCAACAAGCCUCACACAGGAGGAGAUAUCAGGUGGGACGCGGUGAACUAUAUGAAAGCCAGAGGAGUCAAGCUCGGAAUCAGCGAUUUCCGCGUCUUGAAACGGCUAGGUUACGGAGAUAUAGGAAGUGUUUAUCUCGUUGAGCUCAAAGGAGCACACAAGACGACGUACUUCGCGAUGAAAGUGAUGGAUAGGGCUUCUCUUGUGAGCAGGAACAAGCUGUUGAGAGCUCAGACGGAGAGAGAGAUUCUGUCUCAGCUUGAUCAUCCUUUCUUGCCUACUCUUUACUCUCACUUUGAGACUGAUAAGUUCUAUUGCUUGGUCAUGGAGUUUUGUAGCGGAGGCAAUCUUUAUUCCUUGAGGCAGAAGCAACCUAACAAGUGUUUCACAGAAGAAGCUGCAAGGUUCUUUGCAUCAGAAGUCUUACUAGCGUUAGAAUACUUACACAUGCUCGGAAUCGUGUACCGAGACUUAAAGCCAGAGAACGUUCUGGUCCGAGACGACGGUCACAUCAUGCUCUCCGACUUCGACUUAUCUCUCCGUUGCUCAGUCAACCCAACACUAGUCAAAUCUCCCUCCGUCCACGUCACCAGCAGCAGCAAAACCACCGGAAUCAUCAACGACGAUGCGGCGGUCCAAGGAUGUUACCAACCAUCAACUUUCUUCCCGCGAAUCCUCCACUCCUCGAAGAAGAACCGAAAGUCAAAAUCCGACAUCGGCGAGGGAUCAUUACCGGAACUCAUGGCAGAGCCGGCGAACGUGAAGUCGAUGUCUUUCGUCGGAACCCACGAGUACUUAGCGCCGGAGAUUAUACGCAACGAAGGCCACGGAAGCGCCGUGGACUGGUGGACGUUCGGGAUCUUUAUCUACGAGCUUCUCCACGGAGCGACGCCGUUUAAAGGGCAGGGGAACAAAGCGACGCUUUAUAACGUGAUAGGGCAGCCUCUGAGGUUCCCGGAGAAUUCUCAGGUGAGUUCCACGGCGAAGGAUUUGAUCAAAGGUUUGCUGGUGAAAGAGCCGCAGAAGAGGAUCGCGUAUAAGAGAGGCGCGACGGAGAUUAAGCAGCAUCCGUUCUUUGAAGGUGUGAACUGGGCGUUGAUCCGGGGACAGACGCCGCCGCAUGUGCCGGAGCCGGUGGACUUUUCGUGUUACGAGAGGAAAGAGAAGGAGAAGGAGAAGGAGUUUUUGCCGGUGUUGGCGGCGGCGGUCGCAGACGGAGGGAAGGAGAAGAAGGUGUGUGAUAAAGGUACACGUGGUGGAAGUGAUCCUGAUUACAUCGAUUUUGAAUAUUUCUAGCAACAACGAGGAUCAUAUUUAUAAGAUUUUUUUUCUUUCCUUUACUUGUUACUAAUGUAAAAUUUUAUCUAUCAACAAAAAAAAAACAUUGUUCACAAAUGAAUUUGUAACAUUGAAAGUACAGGUGUGUGUGCCAUAUGCAUCA